AUGGAAGAGGGAAAUCAAAAACAAAAUCUAUCCUUUUAAAUAGCCUAACUGGAAGAGGAGUACAAUAAUUACAUAGACUCUUCUGAGGUUGUAAUGGAAUAUUAUAAAAAUCAAUAAAGAAGUGGAUUGGAUAAACAUUUUCUUAAAAUCGAAGAAUGGCUGGAUUAGGAUGCUAAAGGUAAAUAAAAUCUUCCAUUGGUCAUUGAGGCAGAAGAUGGCGUAGGCAAAAAAACAUUGCUCGUUAAGUGGAUUGCAUACCAUAAUGCCAACAAAAAAGGAAGGUACCAAGACAUCAUUAUUCCUCAUUUUGCUAUGGUUGGAGGAAACAACAGUAAUUAUUUUUAUGCCAUAUACCGAAUAUUGGUUAAAUUGAGGGAAUUGCUAAAUAUAGGACAAAAGGUAGAGUUGUUGGAAGAGAAACUCCGAAAAUACUUUGCAUAUUGGUUGGACAUCUGCAAUUCACACAUUGAAAAUCAAAUUCUCAAAGAAGCUAAAACUCUUUACAAUAGAAUCAUUCUCAUCUUUGAGGGUGUUAAUCAUUUUAUCGAUUAAGGCAAUGGUAUCUCCAAAGAGGCUAAUGUUUCCUUCUGGUUGCCUUAGUUUUUUCCUCCAAGAAUCAAAGUUAUUUUGACUGCAUCCAAAAAUUCAGGGGCCAUGCAAUAUCUUUAGAAAAUCAAUUCACAAGUCAUUUCAAUCAAAGUUGAACCUAAAAUCAUUGAGAAAAUGAUAGAAACACACAAAAAGAGAAAAACAUUCCUUUCUGAUUCACUUAAGGAUAAAUUAUUAAAUAUUCUAACUCAAACUAAAUGUGAGAUGAGUUCAAUAUUUUGUAAAACAUUUUUGUCUCUACUGAUCCCUUACCCAAGUGUUGGAAUCAUUGCAGAGAAUGAUGUUAGGCCAGAUGUAAUUGAAUCUUUAGUUUCCUAAAUUGAUAUGUCAAAAUUGCAAGAAGUUUCUUGUUUAGAUGAUUUAGUGAAUUUUAUCCUGGAUCAUUAUCAAGCAAAGAUGUUCAAGGAUUAAGACAAAUUUAUAAAAAUACUAAUAUGCUUUACCAUAACAUAAAAGGGACUCAUGAUUUAGGAGGCAUUGACAAUUUGCCAAUUAAAUGAAAAUGAUUGGAAGACAUUCUUAGUAUUCUUUAAAGUGUAUCUUAUGCAUUAUAAAGAGUAUUGGAUUAUAACUAACGAUAUUUUUAAGAGUAUCAUUCAAAAAAGAUACCUAAAAGACAAUUCUUCGGUUCCAAAAUUACAUGAAGAAAUUGCUGAUCAUCUAAAUAAAUCAACUAAUUCCAUAAGAAAAUUAGAAGAAUAAACAUAUCAUUUAUUCAUGGCUAAAACAUAUUUUAAAUUAAAGGAAAUAGUUUCAGCUAUUGAAAAUUUUCUAUUAUUAUUUAAUCCCAAUAAUAAAUACGAUCUAUGUAGAUAUUGGUAAAAACUGGAGGAACAAGGAUUUGAUCCAGUGAUUGAAUAUAAUAAAGCUAUUGAAGGUUUUUCAAUGCAGUACCAUCCAAGUAGUGAAGACAUCUUUAGAAUCAUUGUGUAAGUGUCAAGGUUCUUAAAAGAGUUUUGUGAUUUUGAAACUUAUCACACUCCUAGUUUCAGACAUCCACCUAUAUAAGGCAUUGAGGAUGAAUUGGACGAUAUUGGAUUAUUGAAUGAACUAUAUAGGAUGAAUCUAUGUUACAUCAUUGAUGCCAAUCCUAAGAAAAUUGGGAAGAAUGAUGAAAAUUAUAAAUCCCCUUAAGAGAGAAUCAAUGAAAAGAUUGAAAAACUUAAAUCCAAACUAGUAUUGCAAAAAGAUUAAAAAUAAACAAAGAAACCUGGAAAAGAAGAAGAUAUAAAGAAAACACAAACUACUAUUAGUCUACUAGAGAAAAAGAAGAAACCAGAAAUCUUGACUAAACUAGAAAAAUUGAAUGUAGAUAUUCCCUACAAUAGAGAAUAAGUUAAGAAGUUCUUUGAAGAAAAAAUAGGAAUCAGUAGUGCUUAAGAAGAUAAAUAAAGAGAAAAGGAGUCAGAGGAAGCUAAAAUUUAUUAAAAAUUGGAGAAUGGAUAGAUUUCAAUGAGAGAUUUGGACAUUAAUCUAAGUAAGGAUGAGGAUGUUCAAUUGAAAAAGCCUGGUUAAUUAAAAUUAACACAUAAUUAGAUUUAAGUUAAGAAAUUAGAAGAGCAAUCAUUAGUUAGUGAAAGGAAGCCCACGGAUUAUUAUUAUAAGCGAUGGAUUUGGAUUCAAUUCCCUUGGGUUUGCUUGUCUGUUCAUAGUGAUUACUCUGCAAAAAUGAAAUAAUGUUUUGCCAAAGCCACUGAAUAUAUGAGUGUUUAGGAAGAAAAGGCAUUUACGAAAUAAGCAUUAAAGAUAGCUAUUGAAGCUAAAUUAAAGAAGAAAAUGAUGUAUCAAAAAUAAGAGGAUGUCAAUUCAACAAUAUUUGAAGAUAAAGAAUUAUCUGUUAUUCCUAUUAAAUAAGAGUAGAAUACAUCAAUAUUGACAUUGAUGAGACAAUAACAAAAUGAAUUACAAGGUGUCAAAGGAUUUAGAAAGGAGAAAUCAUUGGCUGAAAAUACUCUUAACAAUUUAAACUAUAAAUCUAACUAUAGAGAAGUUAAAUCCACAAAAAUGCAUACUACUAGUUUGCAAUUCUUUAUUACAGAGGAUCAAAUGAGUCUAUCUCAAAUUCAUAAAGAAAUUGAAGAAUAGAAGAAAUAACAGCAGUAAAAUUAAGUUGAUAAAAAACAAACAACUCUACCUGCAAUAAAUAAAACUUAAGAAGUCACCUUAAAUACAACAAUGAGGAUCAUUGACAAAUCUAAGAUGCAAAAAGAAAAGUUUAAAUAGUUCAAUCCAGAAACCAUAAAUAAAUCAUCUUAAUCAAUUUUACCUAGGUUGAAAAGUGAAAUUGCACUCCAUAAUGGCAAAGAGCUCUACAUAAUGUUAUAAUAAGCAAAGGAUUUGAAGAAGGAACUUGAUAAUAUUAUCUAUUAAAAUCAAGCAGCGACGAAGAAAUUAGCUAGUUUAAGAACAUUAUAGCACAAUGAGGGUUUUGGAACAGAUGUGGAUACUGUUUCUUAGAUUCAAGAUAAAAUUGAAAACCUCAAAAGAUUAAGGGAGGAGGCUGAACAUGACUACUUAUUGAGUAUGGUAUAAGAUAGUAGAUUGAGAAUUAUUAUUAAAAUAAGUGGUGACAAUAGAUCCUAUAAUGAAGAAUGGAUCAGAGAUUUGAAUUAUUUGUAAUGUAAUCUAAAUAAACUGAUUAAAUAUGAGAAAUUAGAUAUCAGUAAGAUGGAGGCUGAAAUCAAAUAAUUACAUACAAUACAUAUUUAAUAUGUGGAUGCAUUUAAUAACAAUAUGAAUUAUUCCAAAUAAAUGAUCGAUUAGAUUAAUAGAACUGUGAGACAGAAAGAAGACUUUGAUCAUUACUUUUAAUAAUCAGAUUCGAUCAUUCAAUAGUAAUCCACUUAAAAAAUGCAAAAACUCUAAUAACAGUAUGCCUAAAAUGAAGAUAAAGAAUAGUAAAGAUUGAAGAGAAUUCAACUUGAGAGAAACAGCAGAGCUAUUUCUGAUAAGCUUGAAGUUCUUAGAUAAACUAUGGCCCAUGUUAGUCAAUACAUAGAAGUUGAAAAUCCUGAUUAUGCCAAAGAAGAAAGUUUUGUUGUAUUUUUAAAUUAAUUGGAAAUUAAAACAUCUCUCGAAGCAAAAAUAUCAUUUUAAGAAGAUUUACUAAGUGAUUUACACCUUAAAUUACAUAAAUAAAAGAUGUAUCUAAAUACCUUUAAGAAUGCUAAUUCAAAUGAGAGCAAGAAAGAACGUGUGAAAACAAUUUAAUUUAUAAAUGGUAAAGUAUAAGACAAUGAAACUAUACAAAAGUUGAUUGAAAAAAGAGAUUAAUAAUUGAAAUCGAAUUAAGAGAAGGAAAAAUAAAAGAAUAAAUUACAACUGGCAUUACUAGAUUACAAUAUUAGCAUUAAAAAUGUAAGAUCAAAGUUGCAGUCUUGUAAGUUUAAGCCUACCUCUGAAUAAGUAACUGUCUCUAAAAUAACAUUAAUUAAUGAUAUAUAUGAAGAUUUAACUAAAAGAUAAAAUUUCAUUAAAGAGAAACUUGGAGAAGACUUGUUUUAAUAAUUCUUAAAUAAGAAACUUGACUUUAGUAAAGUGUACAAAGCAGCAUUUAAAUAUCAUUAAGAUCCAACUUUAACACAGAUGGAACCAUAUUGA